AUGGAUGAAAGAGCCAAGGCAAUGGGACAUCAUGAAGUUUGUCGAACAUUUGAGGUUGCGUUCAUAUUACAUUUGAUGGGAGAUGUUUUGGCUAUCAUAAAUGAGCUUAACAAAUAUUUACAAAAAAAGGAGCAAGAUGUUACAAAUGCCAUGCUACUUGUUGAAGUAGCAAAGAGAAGGUUGCAAGUUUUAAGGGAUGAUGAAUGGAAUUCUCUUAUUGAUAAUGUAUCUCUAUUUUGUGACAAACAUGAUAUUUUGAUACCUAACUUUGAGGAUCUAUAUGUUAGCUCUUUAAGAUCCCGCCGAAGACUUGCCGAUUAUAUAGUUUUACAUCAUUACCGCAUUGAAGUGUUUUGCAAUAUUAUUGAUUGGCAACUUCAAAAACUGAAUGAUCGUUUUGGUGAGGUGAUAACUGAUUUGCUUCAUGAAAUUGCUUCUUCGAAUUCAGUUAACUUAUUUUCAAUUUUUGACAUUAAAAAAAUAAUGAGAAUAACUGAAUUAUAUCCAGAUGAUUUUGAUGAAUUUAAUAUGGGUAUUCUUGAGAAUCAACUUGUAAGUUACAUUGUUGAUGCUCGUGAUGUUUAUGAAAGAUUCUACGAUUUGAAUGGGCUUUGUGAUCUUUCCAAAAGAUUAGUUCAGACAAAGAAACAUUCAAAUUAUCUUCUGAUAUUCUUCUUAGUGAAACUUGUUUUACUUCUACCAGUUGCCACAACAUCGUUUUACUUCUACCAGUUGCCACAACAUCCGUUGAAAGAGCUUUUCCGACAAUGA